AUGGACGGAGCCAAAUAUCGUAAAAUCCUGAGCGACAACCUCCUUUCCUCUGUCAGGAAACUGAAAAUGGGUUAUGGAUGGGUGUUUCAGCACGACAAUGACCAAAACAUACAGCAACAAAGGAGUGGCUCAAUCUCCACGUGUCCCUCCCAGUCUCCACGUGUCCCUCCCAGUCUCCACGUGUCCCUCCCAGUCUCCACGUGUCCCUCCCAGUCUCUACGUGUCCCUCCCAGUCUCUACGUGUCCCUCCCAGUCUCUACGUGUCCCUCCCAGUCUCUACGAUGUGUGGUAUUCGUCCUUCUGGCUGUGUUACGCCACAGGAUGUGUGGUAUUCGUCCUUCUGCCUGUGCUACGCCACAGGAUGUGUGGUAUUCGUCCUUCUGGCUGUGUUACGCCACAGGAUAUUUAAACAGCAUCAUGGCUUCAGAUGCAGCUUUUACAAGGAAUUAUUCAAACUCUUCACUGGAACGAUCAGUGCCUAAACCUACAGCAAAUUGCACAAAUGUGAUGUGUGCAUUUCAGGCAACAGCUCUUGUGAUUAUUGUGGUUCUUGGACUCAUUGGAAAUGGUUUGGUAAUCUGGAUUGCAGGGUUUAAGAUUAAGAAAACAGUCCAAAAUCUCUGGUACCUCAGCCUCGCUGUGUCCGACUUCCUCUUCUGUGCCUUCCUGCUAUUAUCCAUUGUUUAUAUUGUUAAAAAUACAUGGGUCUUUGGGCGCUUCAUGUGCAAGCUUACAUUCUUCUUCUGGUUCCUCAACUGGUUCAGCAGCAUCUUCCUCCUCGUCAUCAUCAGUGUGGAUCGCUGUGUUGUGGUGAUGUUUCCUGUAUGGGCACAAAACAAGCGCACCACACGCAGGGCCUUGGUGAUUGUUCUACUAGCCUGGAUCGUCUCAGCACUGCUCAGCUUACCAGCAGCCAUUUUGAAAGAUAUAGCUAUAGACGAUUACUCAAAACAGAAGUGUUCCUACAUUUCCAUGCAUUAUAAUACAUUAACUACUCUAAUGACCUGCCUAUUAAUUUUUGGAUUUGUGAUUCCCUUACUGAUCAUCAUUGUCUCUUCUGUCCUCAUCACUGUAAAGCUGAAAAAUAACCAGAUGCUGAGGUCCAAUAGGCCAUUUAAGAUUAUGACAGCACUAAUAGCUGCUUUUUUCAUUUGCUGGAUGCCUUUCCAUUUUUUUAACAUAUUGAUAAUAAAGCCAAAAUAUGCCAGUAUUGCCUUGAUUGGACAAAAAAUUGGACUUAUACUUGCUAGUGCUAACAGUUUUAUUAACCCAUUACUUUAUGCUUUUAUGGCAAAGGACUUGAAGAAGAAAUGUUAUGCACUUCUGUCUAAGACUGAGAGCAAAUUUGAGGAGGAAGCCCAGAGUACACAUAGAGUGACAGAUAUGACGAACUCAGGAGACAACGUACUUUCAAGUACUGUAUAAAAUUAUAAAUGAAAGUUCAAAUCUGCUUCUUUCAUACCACUACUGGGAGCAGUUUAUAACAGCCAGCUCAGUUACUGCAAGCUAAAUAAUACAAAUAAAUAGUAUGCUGAAAAAUAUUAAAUAGAAAUAUUAGUGCAAAAUCAUUGCCUUAAGAGAUUAUUUGGUUACACAGUAGUAUUACUUUUAUUGCAGCUAAGGAAAGGAUUUUUUUUUUUAAUUAAGG